AUGGUCCAGCUCCUGCGCUCGAUCGCUGCCGUGGCGUCCCUCGCUCUUGGCACGUCUGGUGUCAAUGUUGUUGCCGAAGAAUUGUGUUCGAUUGCCCCCUUGUCGUACGCCACAGCAAAGACCGAUUACCCGGACGUCGCGUUCGCCAUUAGUACCGUGGAGAAACACUCCAUUGCUGCCUGGUACACGGAUCGUCUAUCGACGGCCGACAGAGCCAAGAUGCUCAAACAGAUCACUACGAAAUGCUCUGAAGACUCACGGAUGACCAUUGUCGUUUAUGGUAUUCCGAACAAGGAUUGCAACGCCGGAUUCUCAUCCGGAGGCGCCGUCUCCAAUACCGCCGACUACAAGGCCUUCCUGUCGGAUCUGACCACCGCUGUCGGUGACCGGAAGGUGUUGUAUGUCGUAGAGCCUGAUGCCCUUGGUCUCCUCGCCGAAGACAAUGGCUGCGGCUCCAAGGCUGGAUACCUUGACAACCUCAAAGUUGCAAUUAAGGCUCUUUCCGCGAAUGCCAACGCCGAGUUGUACGUGGAUGUUGGCUAUUGGACUCUUGAGUAUGAGGGGCAACGUUCCAAGGUGGUCACUAUCAUGAAGGAGCUCGCUGCAUCUGGCACUCUCAAGGGUAUCGCCAUCAACACGUCCAACUACCGUUCGACCUCCCAGAUCUCCGAAUUUGCGCCCACAACGACGGAUUGGUGCAACGUUCUGGCGGCUGGUAUCGGAGCGCCUCCCACGUCCGAGACGAACGUAUCGAAUUUGGACUACUUUAUGUGGAUUAAGCCCCCUGGAGAGAGUGACGGCACGUGCAACGGUGGACCUGCGGCCGGGCUACUUCGUCAACAAACUCGGUAUGAACACGAUCAAGGAGGGCGGCUCCACCUCUCAAACCACAUCAUCUCAGACGACGGAUAG